CUGGAGAUGAGGAUGACCUCCAUCGCUUUCACCGAGGAUCUGAAGGACAGGAGCUCCGAGGCUUUCCGGUCACUUUCCUUCAAAGUGUCCAGACAGAUUUUUGUUUACCUGAAAACCACCUCGCUUGGCGACUCUCUGCUGAGUGUGACCAUUCUCAACUUCCGACAAGGCAGCGUUGUCGCCAACUACAACGCCAACUUCAAAAGCAACGCCACGGUUAGCGACAGUGGUGUGUCGGGCGCGCUGCAACAGGCGAUCUCACAAGACCCGAACAACACAUUCGGCAUUGAUGUUUCUUCUCUAUGUACUAAGACGAACGAAGACGCUGCUUGUGGUGAAACAAUAGGAAUGGACCAAAACUUGAUCAUCGGGCUGGCAGUGGGUGUGCCUGUAGCGGUCAUCAUCCUCAUCAUCAUCCUGGUCUGUCUCAUCAAGAGAGCGAGGGAUGGGAAGGAAGACGGCGGAGUGAGUGAAGGGAAGAAAGAUAACAAGAGGGCGAAUUUGAAGAAGGGCGAGAAUGAAGAUGCUAACAAAAACGACAAGAAGACGAUCUCCAAGGAGAAUGGCAAGGAAGACAAAGGACAGAGGAAAGGCGCCGAUAAAAAUGGCAGACAACAGAAGAACGGAACCCAACAGCACAGUUCUGAACCUGGGAGGAACUACAAACGUAUGGCGUUCCAACCAUCGCGCAAAACGGGACCAUCCGAUAAAUACGAGCACGAUUUGGGAGGUAUUUACUUCCCGAAAAGGUACCAUGUGCCACAGGAACCCAAACCAACGUUCCAUUACGUCGAAGGUCACGUGCAAGGGAAACCGGUCACGGUCGUCGUUCCAAUCUGAUACCUUAGAGUUCAAACUUGCAGACGAGUGUCUUUUUUGUUGACUUUACGUACAUUAUACAACAAUGAGACAAACAGUGUUAAUCUUCUCAACUGUAUACAACAAAAAGUUCCCAACUUUUCGAUAGUUAAGUAGCACAGAAAAUCAUACUCGCAUAUGUUUUUCCAUAAACCAUGUAUUUUAUGCUCCAUCUAUAUCUGCCCUUACAUUUACAAGUACAGCUGUCAUAAGAAGUGAGAAGAAGUUGAACCAUUUCAUAGUCUAGUAUACAUUAGACUUUGUAGAUACAGUAAUAAACCAAAUUUUUACAGCACUAUUUGCAAUUAGAACUGCUAACUGUACUUAGUAUGUAAAAGCAGAAACGCACAAUAAAGAUCUUCAUUCAUUAUCAGGUUCAGUAGUUGAAAGUUCAAGAUUGAAAGCAUUGAAGAAGUUCAUUGCAAAAUUUAAAUUAAAAAAUGAACGUAGACAUCUCGAAUAACAAGCGUACAAAUAAUCCUUCCGAAAAUAAUGUCAUCAGGUUGGCAAAACAUAGGAUAUCGGAGGUUUCUUUUGCACAAGCAGUAGUGUCUCUCACCUGCUUACGUUUAGAUGCCUAUCACUAUCAGAGCUACUGCCUGGAGUACUGCUUCUCACCGCUAUGUGUCGCCAAUGUAGAGUGCGCUCUUCCUGCACAGCCACGUUUGGGAUUGUGUUCUCGCGCAAAAACACAAAACCUACAUGGGUCCUACAUCGGCAAAGAAGAAUUCCAGUUCGGAGCUUUGAGGAAGAUGUCUGAUUGCAUAAAAAUGUAAGCAAGUGAAAGAAAUUUAUCUGGUUAUGAAAAAUAAAACUCCAUGAUCCCCGU